AUGUCAUUAUCUUCAUCAGUUUCAAUUUCACCAUCUAUUUCUUCAUCAUCAAUAUCAAAUAAUAGAAAUAGUCGUGAUUUAGAAGAUAAAUAUGGAGAUUCAGUUGUAUUUCCAUGUCCCUCAAAAUUUGAAAAAAUAAUUCCAUUAGAUGAAAGAUAUAUAACACAUGCAACUUUUUUAAAAAAUAAAUCUUCAGAAACAACAUUUAUUGGAUUAUUAACAUCAAACAGGUUUUAUAAAGUGGAUUCAGAUACAUUAAAAAAGAUAUGGUCAAUAGAUUUAUUUGAUAUGCAUUCAAUAGAGGGAGAUGAAUCACCAGAUCCAAAGACAUUAAGAAUUGUAUAUCAUGUAAAACAAACACCAUCAUUAGUUGGUGGAUUAGUGAGUGGUGGUGGUGGUAGUAAUGGUAAUCAUAAUGGCGGUGGUGGUUUUGAUAAUAAUAAUAAUCCAGAAAUGUCACCACCUGAUUCACCAACGAUUCAAUCACGUUUAUCUAGCAGUAGUUCAAAAAGAGGAUCCUCGUCAUCAUCCUCAUCCUCAUCUGGCGGAGGUGGUGGAGGUGGAGGUGGCGGUGGCGGUGGCAGUGGUGGUGGUAGUGGUAGUGGAGGAAUAAGCAAUGAUAAUUAUAUAUCAGAGAAAAUAUUUAUAACAGAGUCAGAGGAAAUCAGGGAUCAGUGGUUGGUUUCAUUACGUUUAUUAACUAGACAAACAUUUCAAAAAUAUUUUGAAUCAACAUUUAUACCGGCUCCUGCAAUUUAUCAACUUCACAUCUAUGCAUAUAAAACCAAUAGAAAAGGUAAGAAUCAAAUUAGAUGUAUAUUGGUCUCAACUGAAAGAUGCUACAAUAUCAGUAUCAAAACUCCCUCUUUAGAAAUUGGAAAAGUAAAAUGGAGUUUUCCAAUAGCUGCUCUAAAAACUCUUCAAGUAUUCAAAUCUGCUCCAAAUAUUUUAGUAUUAACUUUAGAUAAUAAGGAAAAUUCAAAAGUUAAAGAAGUUCAACAAUUUAUAUUAAAAGAUUUAAUUGAAAGAAAUUUAUUAACCAAUGAAUUAAGAAGAAUUUAUGCAAAAUUAACAAAACAAUCAUUAACAAAAGAUGAAAAAGAUGAACUACCAAAAAAAUUUGGAAAAGGAAAGUAA